CAUCUAGAACAAAAAUUAAUUAAUUCAAGAUUCCAAAAACUUAACACUAUUUAUCUUGUCUCCAUUGAUCUCUCUUACUUAUAAUAACUCUCAACUCCAAGAAAGUCCCACCAAUAUUUCUUCUUUCUAAGUUUUCUUUCAUCUUUCAACAACUACCAAUAUGUCUUCUUUGUUGACUUCUCAAGGUGUUGUAUUUGCCACAGCCAUGGCUGUUUCUGGUACCAUGAUCCUUUUAGCUACCCUUCGUCUUCAAAAAUCUCAAGAAUUUUCCUUUAAUCCAAUUCUUCAUCAUCAUCCUCGAUCUUGCAUCUCCACAGAUGGAAAGAAGAAGGAGAAAAAGAAGAAGAAAGUGAAAUUUGCAGAAGAUGUUGUGGAGCCAAGUGGGAAUAGUGAAGAAUAUAGAAAGCUUCAUCAUUUUAAUAAUAAUAAAUUCCACCAUGGAAAUGCUUCUUCUUGUUCUUCAAAUUUGGAUUCAAAUGAAUUAAAGAAGAGUAGGAAAGUGCAAGAAAUACCAGCCAAUAGGAUGGCCCUCUACAAUGGUAUGCUCAAGGGUCGGGUCAUCAACCGGGUCACUUAUUCCUAUUGAAUAUGGAUUCGGGUCUACAAUUAGUAUUACCAAAAUCUUCUUUUCUCUAACUUUUUGAUUAAUGUACAAAUUAGUAGAAAAUUAGAGUCACACCAAAAGAUAAAGAAAAAUUAUUAUAUCCUCCUAAGGUAUAGAUAAAGUAUGUGUAUAUUUUAUCCUCCUCAGAUCCCACUUUAUGGAAUACAUAGUGUAUGUUGUUGCUAUUGUCGAGGAUUAAAACAAAAAGAGGAGGAUGAGUGGUAGUACAUGUGCUCACAUGUGAGAGUAGUUUUAAUUAGGAUUUCUUUUUCUUUUCUUUUUUUGAGGAUUUUAUGUAAUUUUGAUGUGUAGUGUGGGCAAAAUUUGCAAUAGGGUGGCAUCUUUUACAUGUAUUUAAUUUGUAUAGGAGGUGGUUUUUGAAUACAUGAAAGGUGUGAAUUAUGACCAGACUUGGUCAAACCAAGUGGGUUGAUCCAUUGUAUAUUAAUUGAAGUUGCUUCAAGUGGAAAGGGUUUGGUAAA